UCAAACCAUUUUCCUUGAUUAAAGGAAAAAAGGGUCGCUCCUCGCCAGUCUCUAGGGCUGAGUGUAAGGCAGUGUUUUGAUAACUUCCGCUCUGUCUCCUUGUGAAUUAUCCGUGCUGUGAUUUUCCUAGAUUGGGGUGAAAAUUGGUAAUGUGAAAGUUGGAAACGUGUUUGAUAAACCAUGGUGGUAAUAAUUUCACCUGUUUGAUAAUGGCAAAGCUGGAAAAGAACUGAGAAUUUCAGCGUUUUAAAGGACUGAAUUGGAGGGAGAGAACGAACCUCAUCAGUCUGCAUUCUACACUCUACAGUGAGCGAGAAGCGAGCAAGAAGCAUGAACCCACAAGGAACAAUUAUUUGGUAGAGAGAGAGAGGGGAAAGCAAGAAGCAUGAACAUUGGGGGUAAGAAUCCAUUUGCUUCAAGCAGUGCUGGUGGUGGGGUGCGUUCCUGGCCAUCGACGACAUCGGUUUCAUCUUCAGGGAAGAGGAUACAAAAGGAGAUGGCUGAUUUCAACUCCCAGCCACCGCCUGGUUGCGCUGCUGCCCCCAAAGGCGAUAAUCUCUACUGCUGGGUCGCCACCAUCUUCGGUCCACAAGGGUCACCAUACCAAGGAGGAGUAUUCUUCCUUGAUAUCACAUUCCCGAGUGAAUACCCUUUCAAACCUCCCAAGGUCAUAUUUAAAACUCGAAUCUACCAUUGCGAUGUUGAUGCUGCAGGCAAUGUUAGUUUAAACAUUCUAAAAGAUAGUUGGAGUCCUGCCUUGACAAUUUCGAAGGUUUUACAUGCCAUCAGAUCAAUCUUUACUAAUCCUGAUCCUUAUGAUCCCCUUGUUGCAAGCAUCGCUCACCAAUAUUUAACUGACAGAGAUAUGCAUGACAAAAUAGCAGCGGAUUGGACACUAAGGUUUGCGAAGUAAACUCUUCAAAAUGGUAAGAUGUAUGACUGGCUGGAGAACCCUGUAUAUAAUCAUGAGCUGGUUUAUGUGCAUGCCUAUUCAUUAUGCUAUACUACAUGUAUAUCUAAGGAUCCUCGUCACCAACCAUUGGAGCUGUAUGGACAGUAUAAAUGAAGUGUGUGAUCUCCAGUGCUCGGCUAAAUCCAUCCAUUGGCUACAAUUAUUCGAAAUAGUUGGCACAAGUAAAUGACACAUGAUAGAGUGAUAUGGACUAUCCACAGUCCCACAUCACAUCAGGAAAGCUUAAUGAAAUCAUUUUUGUGGAAUCAUUUGAUAUGUUUCGAUCUUGCUAGUGGACUUCUAAAUAAUCAAGGGGAGACAUGAGCUUAAUGAAAAUCAAUUCCGUAGAACCGUUCAAUUUGUCCAAAUCUUGAUAGUAGAUCUAGCCCAAACCUAGUUAGUGGAUCUAAACUUGUAAAUGAUCAACGGGAAGCAUGCCAGUUUAAGAGAACUAAAAUCAAUUCCGUAGAACCAUUCAAUUUGUCCAAAUCUUGAUAGUUGAUCUAGCCCAAACCUAGUUAGUGAAUCUAAACUUGUAAAUGAUCAACGGAAGCAUGCCAGUUUAAGAGAACUGUAUAUGGGGAUGUACAAAGGCUUUUUCUUUUUCUUUUUUUUUAGUUGGGUGGGGCGGGGGUGUAAGUAUGGAAAAUGAAAUUAUAUUGUAAUAAAUUAUUAUAUUUUCAAAUAUAAUAAUAUUAUGGUUUGAUUGUCUAA